GCUGUAGUGUUGAAUGAGCGGAAGGAGGAGGGAGAUCAUACAUUAACUCGUGCUGGCUGCGGGGACCCUCCAGUUGAUAGAAGCCAAGACAGUGGGAUGCACUCAGAACAACACUGACAGCUUUUCACCCUCCCCAGAAACGACAAAUGAAACCCAAGCGAAAAAACAAUUGAAUGUUUUGACUACCCGGGAAUUUUUACGCACCACCAAAGAGUAAAGAUAACGCUGCAGAGAUGAGUGUUGCGUGCUUCUGCGUGCUUCUGAAGGAUCCCCUCUCCUGAUAUAGGGAGCAAAGAGGACAAAACAAGCCUGUCCAUGAUAUUUUCAAAAAGAAGAUCGCAAAGGUGGAGCGAUUAGAGAAGGGCUGAUGACGGGACUAUUAAUCCUUUCAGUGCAUCAAAAGCACCAAAGGGUAUUAGAAACGUUUGGAUGGAAAUCGGGCGAGUGUUUAGAACUGUUUUUGGUAUUAUAUGAAACUGGUGAUUAGUUGUUGUGACAAAUCUGCAAGGAUUUUUCCCCUCACCAUUCAAGAUUUUUGUUUUAAGGAGUAAAUUUGGUUGGUGAUUUUUUUGUUAUUGUUUUUUUUUUCACGGAAAGGUUGUGGCAUGAGCGGUUUCCAGGUGUGAUUUUUUCAGAAACUCUCAUCUCAAUCUUUUUUUCUCUCUCCAAGUAUUCCCAAAUCUAAAUGGAAUUAGUUGAGUCUGAAGCCGGUUGUGAAAGGAACAGACAUGGUACAUGGGCACAGCUUCCAUCACGUUGUUGCAAGUCUCCUCAUACUUGGGUUGUCUGGGGCAACAAAGAAGGAUACAGCAGUGAAAAACAAUUCUGGAGUGAAGCCUGCAGGUCAAUGUGGAACGUGGGUGAAAGAAUCAGAAGGAGGACUCUUCACAUCUCCCAAUUUCCCAAGCAAAUAUCCCCCAAACACAGAGUGUGUUUACAUCCUUGAAGCCCCCCCAAGGCAGUGUAUUGAUCUACACUUUGAGGAGAAUUAUUCAAUCGAGUCCUCUUGGGAAUGUAAAUUUGACAACAUCGAGGUUCGGGAUGGACCGUUUGGCUUCUCCCCAAUGCUCGGACGGUAUUGCGGUCAGCACAGCCCACCGGAUAUCAGGAGUAGUGGCCGAUAUCUGUGGAUAAAAUUUGUUACAGAUGGUGAACUGGAAGCGGUGGGAUUUUCCGCAAAUUACAACUUCACUGCAGAUCCGGACUUUGCAGACUUGGGAGUACCCCCACCUCUGCCCUCCUGUCAGUAUGAUAUGGUUGGUCCAGAAGGUAUCGUUGAGUCUCAUCAGAUCACCAGAGACGGGAAGGCUGGCGCCACCGAAGCCGUGGACUGUAAAUGGUACAUCCGUGCUCCGCCGCGCUCCAAGAUUUACCUGCGUUUUCUCGACUAUGAGAUGGCCAAUUCCAAUGAAUGCAAGCGCAACUUUGUGGCAGUGUAUGACGGUGGCAGCUCGGUGGAAGAUCUGAAGAGCAAGUUCUGCUCCACUGUGGCCAACGACAUCAUGCUGGUCUCCACACUGGGCGUCAUCCGUAUGUGGGCAGACGAGGCCAGCCGGAAAAGUCGCUUCCGCAUCCUUUUCACGACAUACCAAGAACCUCCAUGUGAUGCAGAUGCCUUCUUCUGUCACAGUAACAUGUGCAUAAACAACACGUUGGUGUGUAAUGGCAUGCAGAACUGUGUCUACCCCUGGGACGAGAACCAAUGUAAAGAGAAGAGGAAAGCUAACAUCCUGGACAACCUGAACAACACAAACGGAACCAUAAUUGGUGUCACUUGUUGCAUCGUCUUCAUCCUCCUCAUCGUAUCCAUCAUUGUGCAGAUCAAGCAGCCACGUAAAAAGUACAUCCUGCGGCGUGAGGACUUUGACCCCACCAUGUUUCAAGAGGUCUUUGAACCGCCUCAUUAUGAGCUGUGUACUUUACGGAGUGCCACCGCAGCAGCAGCAGCCUCAGCAGACUUAGUCGACCUGGCAGAAGACUUUGAGAACUACCACGCCCUUCGUCGUGCCUCCUCACGCUGCGUCCAUGAUCACCACUGUGGUUCCACCUCCAACCCCGGCUCAGCCCACAUAUCCCAGCUGUCACUCAGUGGACGAGGAAGCCGUGGAAACUUGAGUGCUCGUGACGCAGCGGCCGCCACUCUGCUCACAGACCUUCCACAACCGCCUAUGGCAGUGCGGCCCUUGCUGCCAUCCACAGGAAACCGCAGGAGCAUUUUGGUCAUGAAGCACAGCUACUCACAAGAGGCAGCGGACAAUGGAUGUGACCUGGAUGACGACCUGGAAGAAGUUCCCACCACCAGCCACCGGCUUUCACGCCAUGAGAAGGCAGUACAGCGGUUCUGCCUCAUUGGCUCUUUGAGCAAACAUGAAUCAGAGUACAACACAACUAGGGUCUAAGAGACAAUCUCAAGACUUCUUGAGAAUAGUGCAAUCCUGGAUCAGUACGAACGGGCGUCACUGACAUAUGAAAAAGCGGAGCUGGGAUUUACACCAGCAUGAUGAUGCUGCUGAUGAUGAUGAUGAUGAAGGGACACUUUGACGAAAAGGAUAUUAAAUAUGUAUUCAUGUGCAAAGAUGAACACAAAGGACUAGAUGAAAAUACUCCAGCUGUAAUGCUGUGAAUGGGGGGAGUUUUGAAAAUCUGUACGUACUGUAGUCAAUCCAGAUUUUUUUGUCUCAGUGGAAAGAUAUAGACCUUUAGAUGAAAAUGCCUAUUGAACUGAAUUUGGGACGUUAGAAACUUUGUCAUUGUCAUGGAUUCCUCACUGAUAACAAAAUUAAUGUGAUCAAACAUUUUCAAUUUACUUUUUAAGCAUGCAUUUUUCAAAUUGGUAGCAUACAUAUUAUGAUUUUACUAGCAAAUUAUAGAUGCUUGCAGUUUGUCAACUUUAGGAAAAUAAUUUGGUUUAUUAUUGAAAAUUGGAAUUUAACUCAAUCUUAUUACUAACACAAUGCAAUUUAAUAUUGUUGGAAUAACCAAAGGCAAUUUAAUUUGAGUGACAUUACAAAGCCCAACUGUAUGGCUUAUGCAUGCUUCUUUUAUAUUCAUUAAAACGUUAACAGACUAACAUUACAAUAUGAAACCCCCUCAUCUACUAAUAGUCAUAUGGACAUAAGAAAUGAGAAAAAAGCGUCUUUGAAAUUAAUUAAUUGCAUUGCAUGCUGUUGCUUAGCUAAAUUGUUAGGUAAAGAGCUCAGAUCAAUUUCCACCAUUUCCAUUUUA